AUGAACGACAGCUCCAAGCGAAAGGUGGCAUUCCGGUUCAAAUCAGCUUCCGACGUCGACCUCUUAAAAGAGCGGUUCGACGAUUUGAUCGUCGCAUUCAAGGAGGACAAACUGAACUCCCUCCGUGCAUCAGGCACAGAGGAAGAGUACAAUGAGCGAGAACAAUUGAUGCAGGACAUCGUGGACCUGAUGAGCCAUCAGCCCAUGAUGGUCAUCGUGGUGUCCAUUCUGCAAAUUGUAAUCUGA